UAAGAUGAAUAAGAUGUAUGUAUUUUCCUUAAUCGAAAUAUUCAAACUUUAAUGUACCACGAUAUGCCAAUGAUAUAUUAUGUUACAAUAUUGAGCUUGCAUAACCCGCCAAAAGAAAGCAAAACACUCGCGCCCUCUGCCCCGAAAUCUUAUUCGGUUCAUGGAACGUGAUCGGGAAGUGGACACAUAUAAAACUGUGUCGUGUUUGGCGGCGAUGAUGUCGUUAUCUAUAACCAACAUAAAGCCGGUAGUAUCGUCGCAGCUGUCUAUUCGUAAACACGAUCGCGUGUGUGGUAAGACGAUAUACGAACAAAAGAGACCAGACCAGUUGAGUUAUUCGACACUUUACGCAGGUGAAACGCGAUCGGAUAAAGUAGCGGGAUCUAUGGAUCGAUCCGUAAAUCUGAAUCGUAUUUGACGUAGUCGAUAGUGAAAGGUAAGCAUCUCGUUUCGAUCAGUCCCGAUUCUGGUUUGCGUGGCGCAACAAUUUUUCUUUUCUCUCGGUGUGAACAGGAAUCGUGUGCCGGCUCAUAGAGUUAGUCGUUAGUAUUGUUCGUGUAAACCGUGUGCGAGUGUGUAUGUGUCUGUACAGUGUAGAGCACGCGUGAUACUUGUCCCCUCGUCGCGGAACAACGACAUAACGAUGGAGCAUGAAAACGAUACGAGGGUGAGGUUAAGAAGAACGAAAAGCGAAACAAGGGCCGAGGAGAUACAAAAGGCAGAACAGAUGGUGCGCAAAUCUCAACCUGACAAACCAUGUCAUCGUCCUAGGGAUAGUCUGUUCUCCUGGAGUUCGGGCUUCGACAACUUCACGGGAUUCGUCAACUGGGGCUUCCUGUUGUUGGGCAUCGGUGGAAUCCGAUUGCUUCUCGAAAAUUUCAUAAAGUACGGGAUCAGAGUGGAUCCGUGGCAAUGGUUUCUGUUUCUAAGCGGCACGUACGAAGGUGGCGAGGAGCAUCCCUCGAUUCUGCUCAUCAUAUAUUCCACGGUGCCCAUAGGCCUCUGCCUGCUGAUCGAGAAGGGUCUGUCGUUGGAUAUCAUAGCUCACGGGCCAGGAAUGGUGUUCCACAUCGUAAACCUCAUCGUGAUGGUACUGAUGCCGAUGGUGGUCAUCCACGUGAAGGAUUCCGGAUUCAGCCUGUUCGGUGCUAUGUACGUGUGCAUGCUGUACGCCGUCCUCUUUCUCAAGCUGUGGUCGUACGUGCAAGUGAACAUGUGGUGUCGGGUGAACAAUCGAAGAAAGGCAACGAGCCAGGGGAGGAUGCGACGACAAUCUCUGUCCUACAAUAAUCUACAGUCUUCCACCGCGAAGCAAAGCGGCGAGGAGGUCGACGACUCGAAGCACGAGGUAGACGUCGCUGGCACGGUCUUGGUGCAAUAUCCGGACAACUUGACUUUCCGUGAUCUUUACUACUUCAUUCUGGCGCCUACCCUCUGCUACGAACUGAAUUUCCCUAGAACACAAAGGAUUCGGAAAAGAUUUCUGAUUAAACGGAUCCUGGAGGUGGUGGUCGGCUGCCAAGUGGUCAUGUCGCUCUUCCAACAAUGGAUGGUCCCGUGUGUGAAGAAUUCCCUCGUACCGUUCAGCAACAUGGACGUGGCGAAGGCCUCCGAGCGUUUGCUGAAACUGGCCGUGAGUAUAAUUCGAUUCCCUCGAAAACAAGGUACAGGCGUGCCCUGCCGACCGGAAGUGCUUAACCAAUGCUGGCUCAUCGAGCCGGCAUUAAAUCUACCUAUAUUAC